UUAUCAUCCCUUAUCAAAACCGCAAUCCUCCUCUCUCUCUCUCUCUCUCUCUUUCUCUCAUGGAGUCUCUUUCCAUAGGCCUUUCAUCUUCCCCUGCUUUCCAAAACCUCCCCAAAACCCACAAACCCACCUCUUCCAUAUCCAUUCCUUCCCUACCAAACUCCAUGUCUACUACCAUUUCCUUCAACUCUCACCUAACCCAUCUUCUCUCCACCAAGAAAAUAAUCCCUCACUCACCCCAACCACAACCCCUAUCCCACAUAUCAAACCCAACUCCCACAACCCAUUUCCCAAAACUUUUCCACAUCAACUUUCCAAUUCUCAGAACCCAUUCUUUUCUCCCCAUUUUUCUAAAAUCCCAGCUCUCUUUUCUCUCUAUGGGAUUCUCUUUACCUCUUUGUUCCUUUGCUUCUGACACUUCUGUGAUCACCAAUGAAGUACCUAACAAAAUUAACUUGGAGUCUAUCUUGGUUUCUAUUGAUGAAUUUUUCAAUAGGAACCCAUUUUUUGUUGCUGGGGUUACAUUCAUUUGGCUGGUAGUAAUUCCCCUGACAGAAGAAUUCUUGCAGAAGUACAAGUUUAUUUCUGCUAUUGAUGCAUUUCAGAAGCUCCGAGCCCACCCGAAUGCUCAGCUCUUAGAUAUUAGGGACAAGAAGAGUUUGCAGUAUUUGGGUUCGCCCAAUUUGAAAUUUGUGAAUAAGAGUGUGGUGCAGGUCGAAUUUCGUGAAGAAGAUGAAGAAGGGUUUGUGAAUAAGGUGUCGGAGAAGUUCACUGAGCCUGCAAAUACUGUAAUUUGUGUUCUGGACAAUUUUGAUGGUAACUCCAUGAAAGUGGCCGAGUUAUUGUUCAAAAAUGGUUUCAAAGAAGCUUAUGCAAUCCGGGGUGGGGUUAGAGGCGAGAAUGGAUGGCAAGCAAUACAAGAAACUCUUCUGCCUCUUUCUGUCCAUAUCUACCCUAAGAAGAAGGUCAAAAUGCCAAAAAAGCUUGGAAUGAAUGGAGGAGUGAACCAGCAGAGUAACAAUCAGGCUACCUCUUCUACAACUCCUUCUGUGGGCCAAAGCGAAAAGGUGGACAAUGGAUACGUAAACAAGGCUAUUGAAACCACCCAGCAUGUGAAUAAUGGUUCUAGAUCGUUGUCUCCCUACCCAAAUUACCCAGAUAUGAAACCACCGUCCUCCCCAACUCCAUCGAAGCCUUGACAUUGACGCUGAGCACUUCCAGAUUCUUUGAAGAUCGUUGCAUGUCCAGGAGGCUGCAGCUGAAAUUGAAGUUGGCUAAGGAAGAUGUUGAAGACAGA